AUGGCGGGCUCAAAGUCGUUGAAGGUGGUGAUCAAGCUCGGGACGAGUUCUAUCGUCGAUGAACACACCCAUGAACCGAUCCUGUCAAACCUGACGCUCAUCGUCGAGGCUGCCGCAAAGCUCCGAAAGGACGGCCAUGACGUUAUCAUCGUCUCGUCCGGUGCUGUAGGCGUUGGCAUGCGUCGAAUGGACGUUGCGGAGCGGCCCAAGCAUCUCCCAUCCAUCCAGGCUUUGGCGGCUGUUGGGCAAUGUCAGCUCAUGAGUACCUGGGACAGCUUGUUCGGCCACUUGCGUCAGCCGAUAGCCCAGAUCCUCAUCACCAGGAACGACAUCGUGGACCGAACUCAAUAUGUGAAUGCCCAAAAUACGCUCGCUCAGCUAUUGAGCAUGGGUGUUAUCCCGAUCGUCAACGAAAACGACACGCUGACCGUUUCGGAAAUCAAAUUCGGCGAUAACGACACGCUCUCUGCCAUCACGGCAGCAAUGAUUGAAGCUGAUUACCUCUUCCUCAUGACUGAUGUUGAUGGGCUGUACACUGCCAACCCCCGAACCAAUCCUGACGCCCAGGUCAUCGAUAUCGUUCCGGAUAUCUCAAGUCUCGAGGCCGACGUAUCAAGCGCCGGAUCGUCCCUGGGUACCGGCGGCAUGGGCUCGAAAAUCGUCGCGGCAAGGCUGGCCACAAGUGCCGGCGUCACCACCGUGAUCACCCGUAGCUCCCGUCCAGGAACGAUCGAGGACAUCAUCGAGCAUCAUUCGUCCAACGACGCAACGUCAUCCGACAGCGCGGUAGGGGUUGAGGAAACAAGACCCGAUCCACCGCUGCACACCUGUUUCUUGCCCUCGGAUUCUCCGGUGCAUUCCAGGUCGUUCUGGCUUCUCCACGGCCUCAAGUCUCAUGGAAGCGUCUAUAUCGACGAAGAGGCGUACGACAUCAUCCGAGACACCGGAUAUCUGCUUCCAUCUGGCGUGAUAGCAGUAGAAGGCAAGUUCGGAUACAUGGAAGCCGUCAAGUUGAUGGUUGCUCCGCGUCCGUCACAGACAGAUCUAAAUGGCGACUAUCCCAUGAAAUGCAGCACUCCCAAGGAAGCCAAGGAAGUAGGCAGGGCCCUGAUCAACUAUGGAAGUGCAGAGCUUUCCCGCAUCAAGGGUCUGCGGAGCACCCAGAUCCAUUCUGUGCUAGGCUACUCUGGCAGCGAGUAUGCGGUAUCGCGGGAAAACAUGGCGUUCUUCGAGAUGCCCAGUCGAUGCAUGACGCCCACGAGUCUUCCCUCGCCAUCUCCCGAAAUGAAUAACGAUAAAAACCCCCUUAAUGACAUCCCCGCUGCCUCUGUCAAUCAGUAG